CGGCGUGCACCCCGGGGGGUUGGCGGGGUGGCCGCUUCGCCACCGCUUUGGUGGCCCUGUCGCAGGUGUUAAAGCCGACCUGUUGAGAAGUGGUGUUUUGUCCAAGUGGCGGAGGCUCUCAUCCCUCGGUGUACGAGCUCCUGCCUGCCCAAAGUUAAGCCAGCACGGCACAGUCCAGUACCGUGAGAGCUGACUUCUGUACAGCCCAUGUGAAACCAGAUGAAAGGAAAACGGAAGCAAUCUAUUUAUGAACCUUUAGCUCCCCUGGAAGAAGAAUAUUUCAGUGAUUCAACAAAAACUAGGCGACUGCCAUUCAGAGCUAGUAGGGCAAAGAUAAAAUAUGCUAAUACAUACAGACUGGAGUCCUAUAAUAAAUUUCGGGAUUAUUUAGUAAGAGACAAAGCUCAAGCAAUACUAACGAAUAAACUUCAACAAGACAAAUAUGAUGCAGUUUCUAGUCCCUCCUUGUGUGCUUCAAUCUCUGAAGAGAUAUUAACAGCUACGAAGGAAAUGGGCUUUGACCGUUAUAAGUACGUGGUAUCAGUGCUAAUUGUGGAAAAGGCAGGUCAAGCCAUACAUGUUGCCAGCAGAUGGGUUUGGGAUGUUCAAAGAGACAGUUGGGUUUCAGCUAAAUAUGAAACGGAAACAUUUAUAGCACUGGCUUUGGUAAUGGCUUGCUAUUAUGAGUAAUGCUCUAAAAAGCGCACCUAUUUUUGUGCAUCACAGGACUUGGUAUAUUUGAAAAUUUUCAGAACAUCAGUCUACCAACAGCAUUUGCCCAAAAUCUGGUACUAAAAUAUAGAUGCUGACAUAUAGUUGGGAUAAUUUUGCUCAUUUUUCUUUGUAAAAAUAACUUCUGAAAUGUGCGUGGUUAAGUACAUGUGGGCUUCAUCUGUCAUAAUGCUCUGAAGCAGCUGGUGUAAAGCCAGACUUUGUACAAUUUUGAAUGUUUGUUGCAUACCUAGAGCUGUUAACGAAUGCUUGCAAUAAAUUGUAGGCGUCUGUUUUCUUAAA